UCAUAGAGGGCAGAGUAUAUUUUCCCGCAGUGCUUUUAAAGGCACAGCAUUUGACAGCCGACUUUAGGACGACGCACAAUGACAGAAAGCAACGGCGUCCAGCUCAAAAACGUAAUCCAAGCCGGCGGAAAUGGCGUGGACAACAAGGCUUUUGAAAUAGGGGUAUGUGUCACAUUUCAUUUUUAAGAGAGCACAGCACACUGUGAUCAGUGUUUUUAAAACUGAAACGGCUUUGUUUUCUCAGGAGGACGACGUUAUUGAUACUGGCAGCCAGAAUUGGCAGGCUGAAAAGACUAAAAAGGGAUUAGGAUCAUACUUGAGGUGUGUCAGUUCAAGUGAUUGCAUUUUGUAAAGCAAAAAUAGUGAGGGAGCAAUACUUCUGGAUGUACUGGAUCGCAUCAAAUUAAACCUCUGACAUGUUGGAUUUGUUUAUGCUCCAAGUUUCCAAGCCGAUUAACGCCACAGAGGAUUACAUCAAGGCUCACUCAAGAAUCUUCAAAUGCAUUGUGCUGGCCAUACUUGGAGCAGGUUAUGUGGCUUACUUCAUUGCAGCCUGUGUAUUGGACUUCCAGAGGGCCAUUGGUCUGGUAGUCCUAACCAGUUUGGCUAUCUUUAUAAAAGUGUAUGAACUCUUGAAGCACUACAAGGGGAAAAGCAUCAGCCGCUGUUUCAAGCCCGCCGUUCGAUGCUUUAAAUCCAACUUGAAAUGGCUAAAAUGGGUUUUCAUCUUGGCUGUCGUGGUCCUGCUGGUGGUGUGGCUCGUCUUGGACACAAGCAAGCGUCCCGAGCAGCUUAUCUCAUUCGGGGGUGUGUGCAUGUUCGUUGUGAUUCUGUUCAUCUUGUCAGCACACAGGACAGCGGUACAAUGGAGGCCUGUGCUGUGGGGCCUCGGGAUGCAGUUCUGUAUCGGCCUUUUUGUCAUAAGAACACAACCUGGACUCAUUGCAUUCGAAUGGCUUGGACAACAAGUGCAGAUAUUCCUUGACUACACCAAACAAGGGUCAUCGUUUGUUUUUGGGGAUCUGAUAGCGGACAUUUUUGCCUUUCAAGCUUUGCCCAUUGUUGUGUUCUUCAGCAGCGUGAUGUCGGUCCUUUACUUUCUGGGGGUUAUGCAGUGGCUCAUUCUGAAGAUCUCAUGGGUUAUGCAGAUAACGAUGGGAACCUCUCCCACAGAGACCUUGAGUGUGGCAGGCAAUAUAUUUGUUGGGCAGACAGAGGCUCCGCUGCUGAUCCGCCCCUAUUUGAAGGACAUGACCAAAUCUGAGAUCCAUGCUGUUUUGACUGGCGGAUUUGCCACAAUUGCAGGCAGUGUCAUGGGGGCAUUCAUCUCAUUUGGGAUAGAUGCAUCUUCCUUGAUAUCAGCCUCCGUGAUGGCUGCUCCGUGUGCCUUGGCCAUCUCCAAGCUCUCUUACCCAGAGACAGAGGAGAGUCCCUUUAAGUCAGAGGGCAAUAUUAAAGUGGCUUGUGGAGAUGAACAGAACAUUCUGGAGGCUGCAAGCAGUGGAGCAUCUGCUUCAAUAGUUCUUGUUGCCAACAUUGCAGCAAAUCUGAUCGCCUUUCUCGCCAUCCUCGGCUUCAUAAAUGCAGCUUUGAGCUGGUUUGGAGGUAUGGUGGGAUAUCCUGAUGUGACAUUUCAGCUGAUUUGCUCUUACGUCUUCAUGCCUAUUGCCUUCAUGAUGGGAGUGCCAUAUAAAGACAGUUUCAUCGUGGCUGAACUGAUCGGCACAAAGCUCUUCCUCAACGAGUUUGUGGCUUAUCAGAAAUUAUCUGAACUGAGCAGCAACAGAAUUAAUGGACUUGGUGAAGAAUCGAUUUCUGUGCGAUCAGAAAUUAUCACCACCUAUGCUCUUUGCGGAUUUGCCAAUUUCAGCUCACUGGGCAUUGUGAUUGGAGGCCUGUCCUCUAUCUGCCCAUCCAGAAGAAGCGAUGUCUCGUCUCUGGUGCUGAGAGCUAUGCUCACCGGGACUUGUGUGUCUCUUGUCAAUGCUUGUAUUGCAGGGAUCCUUUUUGUUCCUCCACUUGACUGUGUGGAGCUGUUCAAGGUAUCUUCUUUCAAUGCCACAAGUGCAGAUGUACAAACUUGCUGUGAAGACCUCUUCAGAAGCACUCUCAGCAACGGGACAAUUGAAGGAUCAUGGAGCACAGUAGCAAAUGCCACUCUGUAUUUGUCUAAAUGUUGUCAGUGCUGUGAGCUUCCUGGUUUGAACUUUUGUAGUUAGAGGAGAAAAAUACAUGUCAUUGUCUAUUUUUUUACUGCGGUUAAUUUUUUUCUCCAUGUUUGUAAAUUUGUGUCAUACUUCAUGUAAAAAUGUACAUGCACAUGUUUUCAGAAAUACUGUAAAUUUAAUGUAUUAUAUUGUAAAUUAAUUCACAUAUUGGCUUUUAUUUGACACCAAGGAUUCAAAGGACACGCCUUUAGACAUAUACCUCCCUAUGUAUUCAGGCAUCAACAGUUUGAUAAAUGUAAAUAUUUUUGAAUAAACCAAUUGUUUCAAAAUGUUAUUGAAAAUGAUACACACAGUUAUACUUUUUGACUAUAUAAAACUCUGUAAAAAUGAAAACUUACGAACUGCUUGGACACAAAUGUUGAUGAAUGUAAAUAUUUCUAAUAAAAACCAAUGAUUUCA